ACUGUCUGAGACCACUCGCCGUGAGAUGGACCAGCUAGCCACCACAUCUUCACACAGUAUCUCAAGAUUGGUAGAUCCAGCGGCUCAUUUUUCCUUGCUAGAGAACUGUUGUCAUUCCACCAUGUCGCAAAAUUCACAGUCCAGUGACCUGUGUAACCAGGAUUGGUUCAAUCAGAUCUUUGACAUGGCACAGCCGGUUUUAAACGUUCAGCCAAUUGACCUAUCGUUCAGCGAUGAGCCACACGAGGGGGUGCCCGGGAAUAGGAUCGAGAUCAGCAUGGAUAUGGUGCGCAUGCAAGAUGUGGAGCCGAUGAAUCCAAUGUGGUAUUCACCACCGGCUGGACAGCAUCUUUCAACUGACGGGUGGAAGCCUCAGUUCACGAACUUGGGGCUCCUCAACAGUAUGGAGCAACAGAUACCGAACGGAUCAUCCUCCACCAGCCCCUACAACAACGACCACACUCCCAGCAUCACAGCACCCUCGCCAUAUGCUCAGCCCAGCUCCACCUUCGAGGCUCUCUCACCAUCACCAGCCAUCCCAUCAAACACAGAUUACCCAGGCCCACACGGGUUUGAUGUGUCAUUCCAGCAGUCCAGCACAGCCAAGUCUGCCACAUGGACAUAUUCUCCAGAGCUGAAGAAGCUGUACUGUCAGAUUGCCAAGACGUGCCCCAUCCAGAUCAAAGUGAUGACGCAGCCACCACAAGGAGCUGUGAUCCGAGCCAUGCCAGUAUACAAGAAGGCGGAACAUGUCACGGAGGUGGUGAAACGUUGCCCGAACCAUGAGCUCAGCAGAGAGUUCAAUGAUGGUCAAGUGGCCCCACCCAGCCACCUGAUCCGAGUGGAGGGGAGCAGCCAUGCUCAGUACGUGGAGGAUCCCAUCACGGGGCGGCAGAGCGUCAUGGUGCCCUAUGAGCCUCCGCAGGUCGGCACAGAGUUCACCACCAUUCUGUACAACUUCAUGUGUAACAGCAGCUGUGUGGGGGGAAUGAAUCGCCGGCCUAUCCUCAUCAUCGUCACCCUGGAGAACAGGGAUGGCCAGGUGCUGGGACGCCGCUGCUUUGAAGCCCGUAUCUGUGCUUGCCCUGGCCGUGACCGUAAGGCAGAUGAGGACAGCAUCCGCAAGCAGCAAGUGACCGAAGGGGUAAAGGGCGUUGACAGCACCAAGCGGCUCCGUCAUGUGAACCAGGGCAUCCAGGUGGCCUCCAUCAGUAAGAAACGGCGGCCAGGAGAAGAGGAGCUCUUCUAUUUACCAAUAAAAGGGCGGGACACUUAUGAAAUGUUGCUGAAAAUUAAGGAGUCACUGGAACUGAUGCAGCAGUUGCCACAGCACACCAUCGAGAGCUACCGGCAGCAGCAGCAACUUUUGCUGCAGAAACAGCCAUCGAUGCAGUCACAGCAAUCCUUCGGGCCUUCGCCCCCGCCGAUGAACAAGAUGCACAGCAUGGGGAACAAGCUGCCUUCGGUCAGCCAGCUCAUCAGCCCGCAACGCAACACACUCGCACAGGCCGCCAUGCCGGGCAACAUGGUGCCUCAGAUGAUGAGCAUCCCGAUGCAGAUGAACGGAGAGAUGAACGGCCUGAGCCCCACGCAAGGCUUGACCUCGCCGAUGGCCUCCACGUCCCACUGCACGCCCCCCCCGCCAUACCCAUCGGACAACAGCAUCUCCAGUUUCCUGGCCAGAGCCGGAUGUGCAUCAUGUUUGGAGUAUUUCACCACCCAGGGGCUGAUGAAUAUUUACCAGAUCGAGCAUUUUACCAUGGAUGAUCUGAUCAGCCUCAAGAUCCCGGAUCAGUACCGCCACGCCAUCUGGAAAGGAAUACUUGACCACAGACAGUCUCUGGACUUCACCAACGCCCCCCAACUCCUGAGAAACAGCAGCAGUGCUUCUACCGCCAGCCUGGGCUCCCAGAACGAGACGCGCGGUGAGCGAGUCAUCGACGCUGUCCGCUUCACCCUGCGCCAGACCAUCUCUUUCCCUCCCCGCGACGACUGGAAUGACUUUGGGUUUGAUGUGGACGGGCGCCGCAGUAAACAGCGGAUCAAGGAAGAGGGAGAGUGAUGGGAAUUCCACUUCCCCGCCCAAGAGACAAUCUUCCUAACCCUUCACUGACCACGCUGUUGGAGCACGAUGUCUAUACUCUGAGUAUUCUCACACUAUUCGUAUCGGUUGCACUUAACCUAGUUUUGUUUUAUAUCUUUAUUUUACAUUUUUUGUCUUAAGCCCAAACUGCCCAUUUUCGGUAGCUGUAUCAAAGCUUAUAGGGUGCUCAAGGGGCUAUGUGGGAUUUAUAACAGCUGUACUUAUGCAUCUCUUCCUGUUUAGAACGGAUCACCCUCCUCCUCAGCUGAGCGUGCCUGCACUGUGAGGGGGUAGAGGGAGUGCUUAAGGGGCAGAGGGAGUGUGGACAGGCUGGGCAAAGGACCCUCCUCCCUUCCUCGCUGCACCGAUCCUUACUUGCACUUGGUAACUGACCCCAGGGUAUUUCGCACCAGGGUUGAGAUUGGGUAGCUGUAACUUGCCGCUGUAACGGUGAAGGAGGGUGUUACAGCCCCUCAUUGUUGCUAUUUACGGCAAUGACCGUCUCAGUACAUCAGGGCAUGGCCUGCUCAAUGCCUGUGAACGGUUAGUUUAGUCCCAGCCCUGCAGUGGUAACCAGCUCACCCGUUUACUAUUUAAACCUGCCGCUGGCUUGCUGCUGGUUAAUGGCAGCUCAACACUGCCUGGCUUCCAAUGGUCCUCCUGGCCGAUUGCUCGCUUGCUGUCAGUGAGCGAGCUGGUCCUGGUUAUUUGGUUAAAGCUGGCCCUCUGGUGCGGGCAGAGUGAGUGGGAACGCAUCACUGCUGGAUGUCUGCACGUCCCAGGCUGUGCUGACUGGAGCUGUGAAGAGGCAAGGAAAUGGAGGUUGCCCCACUUGUCGCUGACAGCCUGAAUUAAAUUAGCCAACACUUUGACACGCUGUCACUGGGUAGACGGUGACUGGCCUGGCCCGGCCCAGCCUGACCUAGCAUGAGUGAGACGGUGACUAGCCCGGGCUGGACUGGUGUGGGUGGGACGCUGAUCAUUAAACUCGUUAAAGCUUUGACUGAAGUCACCACGUGUAUCGUGACUGUUUACAUACUGUGUGUUGUUCUCCUACUUGAACAGGUGCUGGGUGAUCUGAGUGUUGCAUCUGUUUCAUCUGAGAGUCCUAGAUUUCAAUGUUAAUUUUGUAUUCAUCUGGAUGUUUUGCUGCAGACUGUCCUAUUGGUGAACUGUGAGCAGCUUGGUGCUAUUGCCGGGAGUAGGGGUCAUCUUGUGGGAAUUCCUCUAACUCUGAAGUGGGGUGAUGUCUGCAACAGCCACACUCUGCCAUGCAGAGACCACUCUUUUUCACCAAUUCACAAUUGUUACAAACCUGUAGAUGUAGAAUGGAAAGAUAAUCCUUGUAGACAGUUGCUGUUUAAUAUCCAGUAACUCGAAAACAAUCUGGCAAAUUUUGGCCAAUUCUACAGCACUUUCCUCUGGCAAUCCUCAGUAAAUGAUUAAUGUGUACAAUCCAGCAGCACUGCCUGCCUGCCACGGGCUGUGUGACUACACAAAUCCCACAAUUUGUGUGUUGGGGGGGGGGGGGGGGGGUGCAGUAUCAGCCUUUCACACAGAGCCAGCCACUAGGCUCAGUAAUUCGCUCGGGUGCUGAGCGCUGGUGCCAUCCUCUGUGGCACCAGAGCCACUUGCAGCUGAGGCAGUGAACAGUGUGAAAUGCAUUCUGUGCCAGGAGAGGGAGAGAACAGAGAGCAUUGGUUCUGUAGAGAGUGUGGCUGUGACAGACUGACAGAGUGGCAGACAAUGAAAUGAGAUCUGCUGAAAUUUAAAUGGGGUUUCCUGCAGUGUAUUUCAGAAUAUUGAACUAUCUGGUCAGUCUUCAUUUCAUGUUGUAAAUAUCUCUGGAGCUUUUUGACAGGCUUUUUUGAAAAAAUAAAUAUAUGUUUGCGGUGGUCCAACCAUAAUUGUAAAGAUGGUCAACAGUUUGUGCACCAACAUUGGCUGGUUGGAAACUCAGUCUCGGCUACUGUUCCUGGUGAUUGCGGGUACACUAUCCAUUGUCGCAAGCGGCGGCAGCCGAGUCCGUUUGCAGUGAGUGUUUAACUAAUUGCAGCAACCCAGGACAGGAGAGGGGAGAGGAGAUGGCAGGAUGGUAGCAGGUUGAGAGUAGUGUUUGAAAAUGGUAUUUGUAUUUCAACCUGCGUAACUUUGUCGCCAUGUGUUGGAUUUGAUGCACUUUAGAGCGCUUCUUGUAUAAAGUUCCACCGCAACUCUUAUUUUUCUUUUGCAGUAUUAAGCAUUCAAUUAAAGAUUUCUCAAGAUA